GUGGCCCCUUUUUUUCUCUUGUUAUAACACGCACAUACCCAAUGAAGCCCGAAGAGAUUGUUUUACAGCUAAAAAAAAAUGGCACAUUUGACGAUUUACGAAAACGUUUACUAUCCGAUUUUCAGUCCGGUGCUGGAGGAGAAAAUUUUUUGGAGAAACUCAAGUCAUUUAUGGAAGACAUGGUCGCAAGAGAUCCUUCAUUAAUUGAAAAAGAAUCCUCGGCCUUUUACGAAUUAGUUUCCGCAGAAUUAGAAAGAGCUGGCAUCUACAAUACGAUUCGCCAAGAGGCUUUAGAGACUUUAAAAGGCGAGCAAUACCAAACCCGAGUGAAUGAUGAAAUUAAGACACUCUCUGGAAAGACUGACAACUUAUAAAUUCAUAAUAAAAAGGAUACCCACAAAAUAUUAUACA